GGACAGCGUUUUUUUUUUUGAGUUUCGAAUCCCCACCGAGUUUUAGCCCUCAGCACCACACAUCAGUAUGCCAUUUGUGUUCAAAGAUCCAGCGGCAGGAUCGCGAUCAACGGCACCAACAUCUGAUUCCCCAACGGAAUCUCCUCUCGAUACCCAGAGCAUUUCGUCAUUACUGGAAAAUACAAGUCUAACACCCGGUUACAAGCAGCCGGACGUGCACAAGUUGGACAAAUCCCCGCUAGGCAGUCGAACGAGAGAGCAAACGCAAGAGGAGAGACGGAAAAAGGCGCUCCAGCUGCAAAAGCGCAGUCGACAGAAUCAAAUUGAAUACGCUCGACGGCUCGCUUUUGAAAAAGUAACAGUGGAUGUCAGUCAAGAAGAGAGUGACGAUGAGGGCGGAACCGAGGCAGCUGAUAUCGUGGAUGAUGAUAUGGGUGAAGGCGUCAAGGGUAAAUCAAAGCAACGUAGAACGAAAAAAAUGAAAAAGCAGGAUGCCUACCGUGAUCAAGUCAUGUUUGCAGAAUGGUUGAUAGAUAUGCCAGAAGACCUGUUUGAAAAUUGGUGUGUAGUUCCUUGUCCGGUUGGUAAGCGCUGUCUGGUCAUAUCGGCGAAUGGGCAAACCACAGCAAGGCUCAGGAGCGGACGAGUUCUCAAUAAGUUCGAGUCGAUUCUUCCGGCAGGAUCGUCCACUUACAAAGGGAACAAGGUUACGGACUACUGUAUAUUAGAUUGCAUCUUUGAUCCAGUGCAUUGGGUAUUUUACGUCUUGGAUAUCAUGUGCUGGAAAGGGCAUCCAAUUUACGACUGUGAUACUGAGUUCAGAUUCUUUUGGGUGGCUACUAAAAUACAGGCUGACGAAAUGGACGUGCCAAAUGCUGGCAACCAAUUUUACAAGUUUCAAGCCCUGCAGGCCGCAUCAACCACCGAGCUUAAAAAUGUUAUUGCUAAUCCUUACGCCUUUAUGCCACCUAAUGUCAAAGCCAACCUGGACGGAUACUUGUUUUACAAUCGUGAGACGCAGUAUGUUGUGGGCACGACUCCUCUGGUAUGCUGGCUAUCAAUAGAUAAAGUACAGGAGCUACUGGUGGAUAAAAUUAGUGUGUAAAUCACUAUAAAAAACAACAAAACUGCAUGCAUUUCAUAUUGAAGUUAAGGAGAAAGCUGCGCAUGGGCAAUUUUAUUUAUCAAGUUUUGUACGGGAGGCGUACGACAGUGUUUUUUAGAGAGUUUUUUUUACAGUUUUUUUUGGGCUUAUGAACAAUUUUUUUUGGGUUAGAAAAAAAAUAGUUAUGAAACG